AGCGGCAGGACUUCCUUGCUGUUGCUAGGACACUCUUGUUUCCCUCCUUGACAACCCUGGCUGGGGUGUGCUAGCUGCGGCCCUGGCUCCGGCCCCCGCGGGAGCAGCACCCCUUGGGGAAAGACAUCUUCUGUUCCCACCAAGUUGGCAGGGCCUGCUUCCUAAAUCUCCUGGGUGUGUCUUAAUUGCUGGUCCCAGCAGCCCCAGAAAGCCCCACUCUCUCCUGCAGUGGUCACAGUGGAAGGACCAUGGGAGAAACAGAAGGGAAGAAGGAUGAGGCUGAUUAUAAACGACUGCAGACCUUCCCUCUGGUCAGGCACUCAGACAUGCCUGAGGAGAUGCGGGUGGAGACCAUGGAGCUGUGUGUCACGGCCUGUGAGAAGUUCUCCAACAACAACGAGAGUGCCGCCAAGAUGAUCAAAGAGACGAUGGACAAGAAGUUCGGCUCCUCCUGGCAUGUGGUGAUCGGUGAAGGCUUUGGGUUUGAGAUCACUCAUGAGGUGAAGAACCUCCUGUACCUGUACUUCGGGGGCACCCUGGCUGUGUGUGUCUGGAAGUGCUCCUGACACCGUCCCCCGCCUGUGCUCCUGUGCCCUGCAGGGCCUCUUCCGCCAUUCAUCUGGGAUGGGAGCAGCCCUGGCACGUCCUGCUUUGUGAAAGGAGAGCCUGGGGUCUUUUCUUUUGUCCUUGUGAACCCUUCCUGAGCCACGCCAAGCGUGUGCAUCUGUUGACAUCUCUCUCCCAGCUCCCAGCCAGUGCCCUCUGAGUCCCAGAGUUCUCAGGGGGCAGCAGGCAGCAGUCUCAUGCGGGAGAGGGGUGGAGAGAUGUGACAGGGUAGGAGUAGGGUGGGAGAUGGAGAACCCCCAGCCCCACCCCUCCCGGGCUGCUGUCCCCUUGCAUUCCCGGAGCCCCGGCCCUCCCACCCCCAGCACCUCUGGCAGGUGUCCACUGUCCUCAUCUUUGCCAGCCAUUGAGGAUGGCCCCAAGAAGGAGCCUCACCUCUCAAGGGACACUCGCAGCUUCUCCCCCUGCCUUCUGGAGAAGUGGCGACCCCCCUCCAGAAGCCCCUUCCCCAGCCCAAAAAACCACUGCGCCUUGCUGGACCCACAGCUCCGCAGCCCCUGCUUUGGCAUGAGAACCAAGCAGCCUCCCUCCCCCCGCCCCAUCCUCCCUCCCUGGCCGCUAGGCCCCCUGAACCCUUCACACUGCCUCCACCCCUGCAGUUGGCACCCAGUGGCUGAGGGUGUGGGAACUGCUGCUGCUGAGCAGUUGGUUGAAGCGUCACUGAGCCUCCGGUGAGACGCCUGGGCCAGGAGCGCACUCACCAUGAGGCCUGUUCAGCAGGGAAACCUGGCCUGCCAGUUACUUAUCAUCAGGGACCGCAUGCUAAUUUGUACUUCUUAUCUCUGCUGGGUUUUCUAUAUUCUUUUUGAGUGUGGGGAGAAGAGUUUUAGUAGAAGGGUGAAUCCUAUUUUACACAGCGGUCUUAUUUAUAUAAAUGUCUUGGUUUUUACAAUUAAAAUGACCAAAAACUGA